UUUCCCAUAGACCCCCAUCCUUCCACCACGGCCGCGCCGCCACGGCUCCCGGGGCCUUGUAGGCGGGGCAGGGGACCGGGUGCGUCUCCUGCCGCGGCCGCCGGCUUGAUAAAUGCGGGACUUCGGGUUCGGGGUGCUGCACACUGCCCUGCUGCGCAGCGGCAGCCCCCGGUCCUCGCCCGGCGGCAGCGCCUACCGGCCCUUCGCCGCCGGGCCGCCCGCCACGCCCUUCGGCCCGCUGUCGCCGCCGCCGCCUCCGUUGCCUGUCACCGGCUUCUCGGAGGCCGCCUCCCCCUUCGCCAUCCCCUCGGGCGGCGGCGCGGCCAGCUCAGCCGCAGCUUCCUCUUCCUCCCCGCUCGUGGCGCAUCAGCAGGCCGUGCAGGAUGAGUUGCUGCUCGGGCUGACCCAGCAGCCGGCGAGGCCGCUCUCGGGGGCGGCGGCUGCAGAGCAGCUCCCCAGCCACCACCCCGGCGGCGGCACGAACGCGGGUGUGACCCACCUCCUCCCCUCCCAGGACUUCAAACCGAGUCUGCACCACCCCUCCUCCUCCUCCUCCUCCUCUUCCUCCUCCUCCUCCACCACCUCCUCCUCCUCCGCCUCCUCCUGCUGCUGCUGCCGCACCUCCUCCCCGCAGGACUUCAGUAAGCGGCAGCAGCAGCAGCAGCAGCAGCAGCUGAGCAGCCAGAAGAGGAAAGAGUUGAGCCCGCCACACCGUCCCCACCCUCCGGACGCGAAGUCGCCGCUGCCGCCGCCGCCGCCAACGCCGCCGCUCCACUGCCCCGGCCGCUUCAGCCCGCCGCCGCCAACGCCGCCGCCACCGCCCGGGCCGCUCCUGCAGUCGGCGCCGCUCGCCCAGCGCUCCCAGCCGUUCAGCCUCCCGCACACGCAGCACCUCCCGCCGCCGCAGGACUUCGCCCCGCGGCAGCGCCCGGUCGACCUGCCCCAGCUCCCGCAGCUCCCGCCCUCGCCGCCCGCAGCUCCGCGGCGCCGCCACGGAGGCGCGGGAAGCCCUCACCAGACCCCGGCCGCGGGCGAGGGCAGCUCCGCCGAGCCCCCCAAUGCGGGCUUGCCCCCCUCGACGCCGCCGGUGAACCCUGCGCCGGGCUCCAUGGAGUCGCCCAACCACCCUCUGCUCAACAGCCCCAGCGCCCUCCUGCCCGGCGCGGCGCUCGGCACCAGCGCCUUCAGUAGCCUGCAGAGCUCGGACCUGCCGCACCCGGGCGGCGGCGGGGGCGGGGGACCCCCCGGAGGCGGAGGGGGAGGCGGCUCCGCUUCUCCGCCGCCGCUGCCGGGCUUCGGCACCCCCUGGUCGGUGCAGACCGCGUCGCCGCCGCCGCCCCAGCCUCCGCCAGCGUCCCAGCAGCAGCCACCCCAGCAGCCGCAGCCUUCCCAGCAGCCGCCGCAGCCGCAGCCCCCGGGCUCCUCGGCUGCCACACCGGGCGGCGGUGGCGGCGGCGGCGCGGGCGGCUCUCUGAGCGCCAUGCCGCCUCCCAGCCCGGACUCGGAGAACGGCUUCUACCCCGGGCUGCCGUCGUCCAUGAACCCGGCCUUCUUCCCGAGCUUCUCGCCGGUGUCGCCGCAUGGCUGCGCGGGGCUCAGCGUGCCGACCGGCGGUGGCGGCGGCGGCGGCGGCGGCUUCGGCGGCCCGUUCUCUGCUCCCACGGUGCCCGCGCCGCCCGCCAUGAAUUUACCUCAACAGCAGCCGCCGCCGGCAACGCCGCAGCAGCCGCAGAGCCGGAGGUCACCCGUCAGCCCGCAGCUGCAGCAGCAGCACCAGGCUGCCGCCGCCGCCUUUCUGCAGCAGAGGAACUCGUACAACCACCACCAGCCUCUUCUGAAACAAUCUCCUUGGAGCAACCAUCAGAGCAGUGGUUGGGGCACUGCAAGCAUGUCCUGGGGAGCAAUGCAUGGCAGAGAUCACCGUAGAAGCGGAAACAUGGGAAUUCCAGGGACUAUGAAUCAGAUAUCUCCACUGAAGAAGCCGUUUUCGGGUAAUGUUAUAGCACCACCGAAAUUCACCCGCUCUACUCCAUCACUGACUCCAAAAUCUUGGAUUGAAGAUAAUGUGUUCAGGACAGACAACAAUAGUAACACACUCUUACCCUUACAGGUAAGAAUGGUGAGAUCUAGUUUGCAGUUGCCAGCUUGGGGCUCAGAUUCACUCCAAGAUAGUUGGUGCACUGCAGCCGGAACAUCCAGAAUAGACCAGGAUCGAAGUAGAAUGUAUGAUAGCUUGAAUAUGCACUCUCUGGAAAAUUCCCUUAUUGAUAUCAUGAGAGCAGAGCACGACCCUCUCAAGGGUCGUUUGAGCUAUCCACAUCCAGGAACCGACAAUCUGUUAAUGUUAAAUGCAAGGAGUUAUGGGCGAAGACGAGGUCGAUCUUCCCUAUUUCCAAUAGAUGAUAGCUUGUUGGAUGAUGGUCACAGUGAUCAAGUUGGUGUUUUAAAUUCACCAACAUGUUACUCAGCUCAUCAAAAUGGAGAACGAAUAGAACGCUUCUCGCGAAAGGUUUUUGUUGGUGGGCUUCCUCCAGAUAUUGAUGAAGAUGAGAUCACUGCCAGCUUCCGAAGAUUUGGACCUUUGGUAGUAGAUUGGCCCCAUAAAGCAGAAAGCAAAUCUUAUUUUCCACCAAAAGGCUAUGCAUUCCUCCUCUUUCAAGAAGAGAGCUCGGUUCAGGCACUCAUUGAUGCUUGCAUUGAAGAAGAUGGAAAGCUCUACUUGUGUGUUUCCAGCCCUACUAUCAAAGACAAACCUGUUCAAAUCCGUCCUUGGAAUUUAAGUGAUAGUGAUUUCGUCAUGGAUGGUUCUCAGCCUUUGGAUCCCCGAAAAACAAUUUUUGUUGGAGGUGUUCCUAGGCCAUUAAGGGCUGUGGAACUUGCUAUGAUCAUGGAUCGGCUGUAUGGUGGUGUGUGUUACGCAGGAAUCGAUACAGAUCCAGAACUAAAAUACCCAAAAGGUGCUGGGCGAGUUGCUUUCUCCAAUCAGCAGAGCUACAUUGCUGCCAUCAGUGCUCGAUUUGUUCAGCUUCAGCAUGGUGACAUUGAUAAACGCGUGGAGGUGAAGCCAUAUGUGCUAGAUGACCAGAUGUGUGAUGAAUGCCAGGGUGCACGCUGCGGUGGGAAAUUUGCCCCCUUUUUCUGUGCCAAUGUCACCUGCCUGCAGUAUUACUGUGAGUUUUGUUGGGCAAAUAUCCACUCUCGUGCAGGCCGCGAGUUCCAUAAGCCAUUGGUGAAGGAAGGUGCUGAUCGCCCACGCCAGAUCCACUUCCGCUGGAACUAAGUAUAGCAAACUGGCCUCCGUCUAGCAAAGAAGGAAAGGGUGCAUGUGGCUUACUGUGCUGAAGACACCGACGUGCAGAAGAAAUAAGUGCAUUCUUCUGCUUCUCACCCAGCUCUCGAUACAUGCAUCGUUAUCAGCAGCCAAAACACUACAAGCCUCUUGUUUUUCACCAAAACCCUACAUCUCAGGCUUACUAAUUUUUGUGAUAUUUUCAUGUUAAAAUAAAAUGUUUUUUUGUAUUUUCUCCAAGUUAUUUUUAUAUGUAAAGUUAAAAUUAGAUAUGAGAAUGUUUUGCGUAGGGGCACACAGUCUGCUGCUAUCUAGUGGGUGAAGCGUGCACUUAUUUCUUAACAUGGGUUUUUAACUUCAAGAUCUGCCCCAGUACUUUACCAAAGGUAGCAAAAUAAUAGUGAAGAUGGAAUAUGUCUGCUACAAAUGCUUAUUUUUAUUGUUGCUGUUUUCAGUGUGUACAUAAACUAAAAAUUAGGGUUGAUUUUGUUGCUCUCCAUUUUGACUUGCAAGAAAUAAUACCUCAAGAUAAUCUGAUUUAUUAGCUAUUUUUAAACAUUUUUAAUCACAAGCUGUAUUAGCUUUGCUGCUAUAUAGGUGUUAUGUGUAAAUGUCACCUAUUAAUACGGGAUUGAAAACGUUAGAGACACACUGCAUUGCGGAUGAAAUGCAGGCAGCACAAUAUGGCCAGAACUGCCAUAGUUUAGAAUGUGAAACAAUGCAUGUUUACUUACCUGUGUCCACCAUAUGCAUGCACUCGGACAUUAACUAACGAGGUGAGGUAUUGCAGAUGUUCAAAAAGCUCUCUUGAAUCUAGGUAGCAUGAACAAAUUAGAAAAUUUGUUUCUUUACAAAAAAGCAAACUUGCAUGCAUUAUUGUGACUUCAAGUUAAAAAUGUUGUCCUACAUGUGUACAAUAUGCAAAUUAGUUUUAGAUUAGAGAGUGCAGCCAUUUUGUGAUCUGGUCAGUAGUGGAAUUCGAUUUUAUGCAGACUGGAUGUAAUAUUUGUAAUCCCUGUGCAAUUUUGUGAUGUGCGGUUCUAAUUCAUGUGCAGUGAUAUAGUAUAGAUAAAAGAUUGAAUAAAAGAAAAACACAGGAAUUUUAAAGAACGUUGAUUUUAGCCCCUUUGAUAGUUCAUGGUUAAGACAUCCUUUAAAAACCAAAGAUGGCCAGCACACUGCUAACCAGUCACCGAAUGUGAGACCCAUGAAAAGCCCACACUUCAAAAGAGGCUUUUAUAGAAGAACACAGAACUUUAGUGAAGUCAAAAUGGAGAUGGGAAAAUAUAACAGAUGGCUAGUUGCAUAAAAUUUACCUUUAAGACAAUGGUGAAAUCUGGCUUAAAUUUGCUUACAUGUUUGUCCUAUGUAUAUGGGGUCUUCUGUCUAAACUGGGGUCACUGUUGCAUGGAGCAUUGUUAUUCUUAAUGGUUAAGAAUUGCUUUUUUAAAACUUUGAUGAAGGAAUUUCAGUAAUGACUUUGCUUGCAUUUUUUUCUUUUUUCUUUAUUGAGGGAGUUGCGUGGAAACAUGCACGGUUCUGACCUAGAACAUCGUUUGUUCGUGGUGGUUUUCCUCUGUAGAGCAUCCUAACAGCAGCUAGCCGCUGUGGUAAUAAUGUAGGAGUUACCCUGCAGUCUAAGCAAAGCACCCCACAUGGUAAAUGUUGUUUUUUGUUGUUGUUGUUUUUUAUUUUUUUAAUGCAGAACUAAGAUUUUUGACUCUAAAGAGAGAAAAUUGCAAGGGUGUGGCCCGUGCAGCAAACCCUUGGGACAAUCCUUCACAUGAGCAAAGUGCUGAUCUCAACACUGGUUGUCGAUGGUAUGCUUUUUUGUACUGUAAAAAUGCGUGGUUCAUGUCUCACUCUGCUGUUUUAUUGUGGUUGUGGCUCAAGUUUUUAGUGUUUGACGUUGAUGCUGUUUUCAGAGGAGCUCUUUACUAAUUUAUUUGUCCGUAUCCCAACGUGUUCCUCCCUGUGACCCUCCAGAGUUUCUGGAGCAUUCUUUUUACCCUCGCCCUGCCAGACCGUGAUCCAUUUUGACAUUUGUUAUGCACUAUUUUUAUAUCUCUGUGAGAGAUUUUUCCAACAGUCAGCUAUUUUAUGGCACACUUUUUUUGACUGAUGACAUCUCCUUUGCUAUACCUCAAUUUUUGGAAUUUAGAAAAGAAAUCAGUAGUUUUGCAGUGUUAAUUAUUUAGAUAUUUAAUUUCGCAGAUUUUUAAACUUUAUUUUCAUAAUUUCUGCUUAAUGUUUAAAAUUGAAGAGCCUUUUCAUGUAUUAAAUAAUGAACUCUAAAAUAAAUUAUAUGAUAAAAUAAUUGGAGAUGCUGAAAAUCAUUUUCCCUUCGAAAAUGGAAGUAAAUAUUUGAAAUGAAGGGAAAUGCAAGAGAAACACCUUCUCCUCCCAGGGCGAAUGUGACAGAAAUGCUGGUUUGUGUCUCCUUCGUUCCUGUUAGGACAAAGCUCAUGGUCUAAUACUGUGUCCCCCCCUGCCUCUCCCUUACCUCUGAUUUGUUUCAUUUUCUGUUUGUUUGGGGAUUAUUUUUCCUUUUAUGUACUACAUUCUUAUUUUCUAACUGUUAAACACUGUAUUUGAGUUUUUUUUAAUUUACAGAUCAUAUUUAUUUUACUAUUUUUGUAGAAAAUUAUUAAUUUUGAUUGUAUUUUUGUAUUUUCAAAGCUUCUUCAUUUGUGUUCCCUAAAUGUUCAUAUUGCUGCCCAAAAGUAUGAAUGACUGUGGAGGAAAAAGUACUUUAAAAAUCCACACUUUUUGUUAAGAAGGAAACAUUUAGCAUUUAUAUAUUUGUGUAUGGAAAACACUUGAUAUUUUAUCCCUGUUGCAUCUGGCUGCACGAGCCUCUCCUCAAAGAUGCCACAGAACUUGAAUAUAACACAUUUUGGAAGGCUGACUAACCUCGAUUCUGUGUUGUGAUGUGCAAUACUGUUUCUAAUGUUUGUAUAAAGAUACAGUGUAAACCUUUUUAAUGCAAAUUUAUUUUUUUCAUUGCAUAUUUUGCAGACUUUAUCCACAGUGUCAUUUUUUACUGUCAGAAAAGAUGCCCCUUUUGUCAUUGCAACUAUUUUUUAAACCCAGAAAUCUUUGUACUGAUGUAAAUGAUUGUAGUUAUUUUGGAUAGUGUUUUGCUAACAAAAGGAGAGACUUUUUUCAUGCAUAUUUCUAUUUUGUUUUUUUGGGUUUUAUUUUAUUUUAAUAGUAGUAAAAUACUUGGAAUAAUUUUUCAUAUUCUUGUCAUUAAUAUUAUUUUGUAUUUUUAUGUGAAAAAAUAUAAUUUUAUGACACUAAUUGCUAAAGUUUAUUUUAUGUUGAAUUAUUUUUGGAGCUGAAAUCUUUGUAAUAUUAAAGCAACUAGUUUCUAAUUCCCAGUUUCUGUAUAGAAUCGCACAAGUGGUUUAUGGAGUGUUUGGAUUGUAACUAUAAAUGGUUCUUUGAUAUGCAAAUUAAUAUUUUAGUUGAUUUUAUUUUAUAUUCCUAAUGGGGUGUUAAAGCCGUUUUUUAUUUUUUUCUAAAUAAAAAGAGAACCCAUGCUUUUAUGGACACUAGGUAAAACGCCUUCAGCUUAAAAUUUUUGUUAAAUAAUUUAGUUUAUUUUAUUGUUAUCUUCCAGGUGUCUAAAUCUCCAGUCUGUCUGUUGUACUGGUAAUUUAACUCUGUAAUGGAAUAGUUUGCUGCCAACUAUUUAUAUUAAGUAAUUUUUAAAUAUUUGUAAUAUUGUUGACUGACUAAUAAACUAUUAAGUUAUUGGCA